UACUCUAAUAUCUAUUAUAAUAAAAUAUAGUAGUAAAAACACAUAAUAUUAUUCUAAGUAUUCCCACAUUUACGUACAAUAGAAUAAUAAUAUGAUAUAUCAGUUAUUUCGUCGUGUCAGUGUCACUAGUAAUUAAUAUUCGUAAUCGUCUUAACGUCGGCUUUGCUUCCGCCACGGCAAACCAUCUCAUCGACCAUUGUUUACCUUCUUCGACAAUAAAAUCGUAUUGUCAUCUGUUACUCGCGCGCGCGCACGCCUGCAACCUCACUAUGGACUGUCGUACGUGAUACCGGAAAAUUCGACGUUAGCGACAGUAUCGAGCAUCCUCGUCCACCUGCCACCUACGGUUCCACAGGCGUAUUGAUAAGGCGUUUCGCAGUUUUAACUUUUUCAUUACCAUUUAUCGACGACUGUACCGCGUGUGUCAUCCGCCGCCUUCAAUAUGGACAAGAGGAAAUUAUCAACGUCUGGAGAUUCUCUGUAUGUUACACUGAGUUUAGCAAAAACAGCAGAAACGGAAGAAAUUAAGAAAACAUAUCGAAAACUUGCAUUAAAAUUUCAUCCAGAUAAGAAUACUGGUAACCCUGAAGCGGAAGAAAAGUUCAAAGAGAUCAAUAAGGCAUACAGAAUAUUGACAGAUCCAAGCAAACGUAAUAUAUAUGACAAUUAUGGUUCCCUUGGAUUGUAUAUUGCAGAGCAGUUUGGCGAGGAGAAUGUCAAUGCCUAUUUCUUUGUCACCUCAAAGUGGUGCAAGGCUUUAAUAAUUGGAUCUUGCGUAAUUACUGGAUGUUGCUGUUGUUUCUGUUGUUGUUGUUGUUGCAAUUUCUGUUUUGGCAAGUUUAAGCCAAAUGUACCUGAAGAUCAACAAGCAAAUUAUACAAAUUUACAUAACGAUGGAGCGAACUCAAAUAUAGACGGUAUACAUAAAAAGGAGGAUAGCGAAGAUGAUGUUGUAGUGAAUCAGCCAUCUUCUACAAACAAUGCUACGGGAGGUGCAGCACAACAUACUAAUGCGUUUGCCAUGCCACCACCGCCUUCUGCCAAUGAGACCACUGCACUGAAUCCGGAUGGUACUCCUACCAAGUACUCUGCAAGCAAAUAAUUAUCUUUUGAGUCUUUACAGCCCGUCCCCCAGACACAUUAUAAUAUACUCAAGUAUGACAGAGUAAUUGUCCUUAAUUACUCUUAUCCAGUGGAGUUUUAUCACAGAGCAUUACAAUAAAUCAUUUUUUUCAUAUUCAUUAAUCACAUUUUAAAAAUUUUAAAAUAUUUUUAACAUUUUGAUUAGUUACAUAAAAAUGUAUCUCCAGUAAGUUUGAGGGAUCGAAUUUUCCUUGUGUGUUUUUCUCCUAUAGCUUUAACAUGUGUUUAAUUUUGCAUGGUUUUAGUAAAUAUAAAAUUAUUUUGAAAACUUG